AGUGUAUUCACACAGCAUUGGUCUUGGGUUCGACUGUGCAAAUGGAAGGCGAAAACGUGCGACUAAAAGCGUAACCAGAGUAGAAGGUGGUGAGUAGUUCCGGUGGAAUUUUUGGGCGAACUAUGAAAUAUUCAGAAGAGAAAACCAGGUGGGAGGAAACCCAGAGAACGGAGGAAAACAACCGGGAAACGUGGUUAGAGUUUUAGUGUUGUACUACGUGAAACGAAAUUCUGUCCCUCUGCUGGAUUUGAAUUAUCCAGAGAUUACAUUCCUUGGAGAAAUUAUCCCGCGAAUUCUAGUGACUUGAAAAACGUUCGAAUUCGAAGUCUCUUUUACCGCAGAAAAUAUGCGGAGUAUAAGCGAAACUAUCGAUCCUCCAAAAAUUAACGGCUGGACUCGCCCAAAACGGCGUGAAAGUGUUCGAUGUAGACCAUUUGUUGAACAGCUCAAAUUCUACUGUGAAAACUCAAGCUUGAAUGGCUGCAAAUAUUUCACUGAACCAGGGCGACAUUGGCUUGAGAGAACAAUUUGGGUGAUUGUUUACGUCGUGAUGAUUUUUGGGGCAGCUUACGUCGUCUUUGAUGUAUACGCUGAGUACAAAAGAUCUCCAAUUAUAACUACCGAGGACAACGAUCCGUAUCCUACAAGUAACGUUGCAUUUCCUGCAAUGGCCUUGUGUACUUUGAACCGAAUUAGUUACAAAUCUGCAAGCUCAUUAGCCGAAUCAAUUUUCAAAGCAAAUGUUUCAAACUUAUCGUCACAGGAGAUUCUGGGGCUGCUCAAGUACUUGGGACAUUUGUAUGAUUACGACUACGAGUCAUUCGAAACACAGCAUCAAGCUCUCCACGAUAUGCUCAAGGUUUUUUACAACGGAGAGUAUGAUACUAACGAACUAAUGAGAAAUUUAACGCCGAAGUGUCACGAGGUUAUUCUGAGCUGUACUUACCGAGGGGAGCUGAUGCCGUGUACGAAACUUUUUACAUUUCGAAAAACUCAGGACGGCUACUGCUGCACAUUCAACUACGUUCGUCAGAGUGAUGAGUUUAUACCGGCAUCUGGUUACAACAAAACCGGAUUUCAAAGCAAAGUCUUACAAGCAACAGAACCAGGAGUUACUACUGGUCUGACUAUUUUGAUCGAACCUUUGCUUGACGAUUACUACUACACAAUACCACCAGGAAAAGGUUGGAAGGUAAUUAUAUUCAAUUCCGAGGAUUAUCCUGAUAAUCCAAGUGGUGGGGUAAUUGAACAAAUGAUAUCCCCGUCAACGGAAACGUAUUUGAUGCUAGAAGCGAUAGUGUUUUUUACGCCGGACGAAAUAAUCAGUUAUCCUGUAGAGAAGCGGAAAUGCAUAUUUAAUACGGAACUGCAAAAAUUAUUCACAGGAUAUACGUACAGCGAUUGUAUAGUAAACUGUCGCGUUGACGAUAUAUGGGAGACGUGUAAUUGCCUGCCCUUUUUUUUUCCUAAGAGAGAUGAUCGUAGAACCUGUGAUAUGACUGACCUUCCGUGUUUGAACAGCAAUAAAUCGAAAUGGUGGGUCCUCUUUCCUCACGAAGUUGCUGCCGACGAAACAAAUCUCAACCGUGAAAGCUACUACAGAGCGAUGAAGUACGAGGCUGUCACGGGUAUUGACUGCAGCGAAUGUUAUCCAGCCUGUAACGAUAUCCGUUACUUUGUUUGGAAUAGCGUCACCAGCCUAACCGCAGGAGCGGAUUUUCCCGGCAAUAUCGCGAAUAACACCAAUUCUUCGGACCGUAGCAUCAUCCACAUAUAUUUUGGACAUGACUCUGUACCCAGAUUAAAGCAGGACGUCAUAUAUUAUUGGUACGAGCUGCUAAGUAACAUCGGUGGAAUUUGUGGUGUAUUCGUGGGAUUUAGUCUGAUAAGUAUACUCGAGCUGAUCUUCUUCCUCUUAGCUCCGUUAUUACCGACGAAGAAGGAGAGUACUCGGGUUAAAACGAAUCGAUUAAAGUGGCAUCGGAACACAAUGCAAGACGCCACUCUCUACUGGGAAGAAAUGGGCUCGGUGAGGCGGUGGAGUAUCCAGGAGCGAAAAGCUGCAGAUAGAUAUCUACAAUUAAAUCCAGACAUGGGGUUUCGUGAUUCUUAA